GUUUUUCAGUAAAUGGUCUGUUAAAAUCGAUCUCAAGGUUCCCAACCGCUAGGAGGACGGGAGAUUGAAUUCAGCUUGAGACAAUUUGUCCGAUGGAGACCGGAGGCAGCAGCGAGAGCCCCGCGGAGCCGAAGAAAGGCAGAUCCCGAGCGCCGAAGAAGGCGGCGGAGAGUCUUCUCAAGCAGAAAUCGCCGGCGGAGUUCUUUGCGGAGAACAAGAACAUCGCAGGGUUCGAUAAUCCGGGGAAAUCCCUGUACACCACGGUCAGAGAGCUAGUGGAGAACUCGCUGGAUUCUGCUGAAUCCAUUUCCGAGCUCCCCGUGGUAGAGAUUACAAUUGAAGAGAUAGGGAAAAGCAAGUUCAACUCCAUGAUUGGGCUUAUUGACCGGGAGAGGGUUGAUGCAGCACUCUAUGAUGAUUAUGAAACAGCAAAAGAGCGUGAGAGAAGAUUAGCGAAGGAGGCUCGUGCCCAGGAAAUUCAAGCCAGGAAUGCUGCUUCGGGAAAGAAAGUUAAGGAGCAGUCUGCUGGCAAAGGCAUGAAGGGUCGUGGUGAGGGUUCGUUUUACAGAGUGACUUGCAAGGAUAAUGGGAAAGGGAUGCCACAUGAUGACAUCCCAAAUAUGUUUGGCCGAGUUCUGUCUGGGACAAAGUAUGGCCUCAAACAGACACGUGGGAAGUUUGGUCUGGGUGCAAAAAUGGCUCUGAUUUGGUCCAAAAUGAGCACAGGGCUUCCUAUUGAAAUUUCAUCCUCAAUGAAGGGCCAGACAUAUAUGACCUUCUGCAGGCUGGACAUUGACAUCCAUAGAAAUGUACCCCAUGUUCAUGUACAUGAAAAGAGAAAGAAUGACAACAAGUGGCAUGGAGCUGAAAUUCAAGUGGUCAUUGAGGGGAAUUGGACAACUUAUCGUUCAAAAAUACUGCAUUACAUGCGGCAAAUGGCUGUUAUCACUCCUUAUGCCCAGUUUCUUUUCAGAUUUAUAUCAGAGACAUCAGAUAAAAACGUUACCAUAAAAUUUGCGCGGAGAACAGAGGUUAUGCCACCAGUUCCUCUUGAGACAAAGCACCAUCCAUCAUCUGUAGAUAUUCUGCUGAUAAAACGUCUGAUUGCCGAGACUUCCAAGCAGAAUCUUCUGCAGUUUCUUCAGCAUGAGUUUGUAAACAUCGGGAAAUCACAUGCUGAACGCUUAAUUGGGGAAAUGGGGUCAGAAUUUAGUGCCAAAAUGCCCGUUAAAUCCCUUACUGAUCAGCAGAUAGUUCGCAUACAUCAACUGUUUCGUCAAGCCAAGUUUGAUGACCCUACUGGAGAUUGUCUUAGUCCUGCAGGAGAAUAUAAUCUUCGUCUUGGAAUUAUAAAAGAGCUUCAUCCAGACAUGGUUGCUACUUAUUCGGGCAGUGCUCAGGUAUUUGAAGGACACCCAUUUAUUGUGGAAGCUGGUGUCAGUGUCGGUGGAAAGGACGUAAAGCAGGGUUUGAACAUCUUCCGUUUUGCAAAUCGCAUCCCUCUUCUGUUUGAGCAAGGUGCUGAUGUUGUGACCAGGACUGCCCUCAAGAGAAUCAACUGGGGUACUUACAAGAUAAACCAGACUCAGGACAAAAUAGGCGUCUUUGUAAGCAUUGUCAGCACAAAAAUCCCCUUCAAAGGCACUGGUAAGGAAUACAUUGGAGACGACAUCAAGGAGAUUGCUACUGCUGUCAAGUCAGCCAUUCAGCAGUGCUGCAAUCAGCUGAAAUCCAAGAUCAUCAAGAAACUGCAGGCACGCGAGCAGCAGGAGCGAAAACGCAACAUAGGCAGGUACAUCCCAGAUGCCUCAGCUGCUAUCUACGACGUCCUGCAAGCGAUGACACAGCUCCAUGCAUCGAAGAAGAGGCGAUACAACGAAGAAGACACAGACCUGGUUUCUAAGGUCGCAUCUCGAUCGAUCACCACGGCCACUCUCAAGGAGAAACUCUCUGAGCACGUUGCACGGGUGGACUAUGAGAUGGCGCUGGAAUACGCGACACAGAGUGGAGUGAGCGAGGAGCCUAGAGAAGACGUUUACAUCCAAGCGCUUGAGCCUGCUGCUGCUGAUGGCAAGAAGUUCCUCGACUUCCAUAGUCCCACAUUCGUCUUCAGACUCGUCUGUUGAAAAGGAUCGUUCGAAAAAGCACAUAUUUAUAUCUUGUAUCCAUCUUGUGCUGAUCAUAAGAAAUAAUCUUAUGUUAGAAUGUAAUGCUUCAUUAGUACCAACUGUGUAUGGUAUAUACUAAACACUAAUAUCUUGUAUUCCAACAUUGCGUGAUUUUAUGAAUUCAUACAGGAAUAGAACGUGUA